AUGACAGCUAUAACGCCUGCCACUCAGGCUGAGCUCCUCACCAAAUUAUCAUCGAAUGCACUUGGUACAGCUCCACCAAUCCUCCCAAGUGGUACCGUGUCUCUGUUUCUGGAUGGUAGUUGGACCAGUCGAAGACUCGACCUUCAAAUCAAUGACUACCUACCAUACCAACGCCAAAGGAUUCAAUCUUCCAUGGGCAACCAAGUAGCUUUUGUUGCAUUCAACCUACCUGUUGAAUGGGCCCCGACCUCGUUUCUGCAGGGAUCGACCUGCAUCGACUUGGUUGGCACCGGCAUCACGCAGGGGGCGAAUCUCACAACCAAUGAGAAGCGCGAAGAUAUAUCUUCCUUCUUCUGGCGCGAGGUGGAUUUGCUCAUGGGCGCAAUCGAGCUCUUUUCCGACACCCAGUUCAAUGGUCGCCGCUCGACUAUCUUCCUAAGCGAAUGGCCAGCAAGAGUGGUCUUCAAUCUUGAUGAAUGGUUGCUAGAAAGCCUAGUCAGCUCUACGGUUGUACUCUAUGAAAAUGUCGACGGCACCGGAAUCCAAUUCACCAAUAUUAAAGGUUGGGGCAAUACCAAACAAAUUGCCAGCUUGAGCGAUUUUUGCUUUGACAAUAAAAUGAGUAGCUUCCGAUGGGACUCCAUUCUGCCGGUGAAAGAGAUUAUCCAACCUUUCGAUCAGACUGGGGAGAAUGCAAGCAGCUUGGGUCUCCCUAUAGUACUCCAGCUGUCAGAGGCAGAUGCGCAGACAGUGACAGCUACGACCACCGACCAAUUCGUGGUGGGCCUCAGUCUAUCCGUUGGCGCCGAGUUCCAAGCGUCUGCUUUUGUGGCCUCGACGAAGGAAACAAUCUCAGUGUCGGUCAACUUCUCAUACACACGCACGAACACCGUCACCAGAACCGACACCAAGACCAUCGCCUUGUCCAUAACCGAAACUGUCACUGUGCCGCCGAAUAAAAGAUAUGCCGCUUCAUUGAGAGCUGAUAUUCGACAAAUUCCAGCAACCCACUAUACCACCACAGCACAGCGCUGGUAUACCACCCAACUCAGCGGCUCUGAGCUCGACACUACUAAUGGAUGGUACAAGAGGACUGAGCCCAUGACUGUGCUGGUAGAAGGGAGUCUCGCUUGCAAUAUUUGA